UCAAGUCAUGAAAGACGACAAUCAACGACCUAAACUCCAAGCGGUGGCACUAGUUUUCUUGUUGGUCUUACAGCUCUGCUUAGCCCUGCCCUAUGGUUCCUCCUCUGGCAACGACAUAGACAUCGAUGGGAACUUCCCAAGCUCCGGCGGUGGACGACCGGUGGACUAUCACACGGUGGUGGGCCACUUCAAGGACUUUUUCAUGUACCUGCCCGUCAUGAUGACCACCCUGAAGGAGACCAUGUCGGGAUUCCCCAAGUUCGCCGAGGGAGUGCGCAUCCUGACUUCCGGCAAAGGACGAAUCGAUGGCGAGGACUGUAAGUGCGGCCAGAAUGGACUAGCAAGCGGGGAACUUUCGGACACUGGUAGUCGAUUCGGUUGAUCCAAAUCGAGAGCUGUGCCACCACCAUUGUUGAUACUGUACAUAGGCAUACCGCACCAAUAAAUGAGAAUUGUCUGAGAAAUAUGGAACAUAAA